CAAGAACCAUGAAUGGAACCCCAGAAACAUCAUCUAGUCAGACACAUAAUGAACAACAGUCACAACAACAACAAUAUCAGCAGCAAAUCCCAGGUAAUCUGACUAUAGCUCCACGGAAAAACAAUGUUGUUAUUAAAGUUGGAAUGAUGGGCGACAGUCAGAUUGGAAAAACAAGCCUUAUGGUCAAAUAUGUCGAAGGUUCCUUUGACGAGGAUUAUAUUCAAACCCUAGGAGUAAAUUUCAUGGAAAAGACCAUUGCUAUUCGAAGCACUGAAAUUACGUUUAGUAUCUGGGAUCUAGGAGGUCAACGGGAAUUUAUCAAUAUGCUGCCAUUAGUCUGUAAUGAUGCAAUAGCAAUAUUGUUUAUGUUUGAUCUGUCUCGCAAGUCGACACUAAACAGUGUCAAGGAGUGGUAUCGCCAAGCAAGAGGAUUCAACAAGACGGCAAUCCCAUUUUUGAUUGGAACAAAAUACGACUAUUUUGCAGCGUCUCCAUAUGAGGAACAGGAAGAAAUCACCAAGCAAGCAAGAAGGUUUGCCAAGGCCAUGCGUGCUCCGCUUAUUUUCUGCUCAACUUCCCAUUCGAUCAAUGUCCAAAAGAUAUUCAAGAUUGUUGUUAGCAAAGCAUUUGAUUUGCGGUGCACCAUUCCUCGUAUUGAAGAGACUGGCGCACCUAUCUUGGAGUACUAAAUAAGAAAUCAAUAGUGCCAAUAUCUUGCUUUAAAUGAACUUUAAACAAAACUAUAUACU